AUGGCUGAUCCAAUGUUCAAUAAGCCAGCGCGUAUAGAUAUUUUAAUUGGUGCGGAAAUUUUCUUCGAUUUGUUGUCGAUUGGACGAAUUUAUCUUAAUGAAAGGUUGCCAACCCUACAGAAAUCCAUACUAGGGUGGAUAGUUGCAGGCAAAGCAGAAGAAUGUUUAGCGCCUAGUCAUAAAAUAAAUAAUAUGCUGGUCAAUCACAACCAUAAUGAGAAUGAAAACUUGAGUCAAUUGGUUGAAAAAUUCUGGAAAAUAGAACAGAUUUCAACUAAAUCAAAUUUUUUAACCGAAGAAGAAGAGGAAUGCGAGAAAAUUUUCCGUGAAUCAAUUCGUAGAGAUACAUCUGGCCGAUUUAUUACGAAAAUUUCAUUUAAAACAACAGUAAGUGAUUUGGGUGGUUCCUAUAAUGCUGCCAAACGACGGUUGCUGUCACUAGAGCGUAGGUUGAGUAGAGAUCGCUCUACACGAGACGCUUACAACGCAUUUAUGGAUGAGUACCUCUCUUUAGGUCACAUGACGAUCGUUGAAGAAGCUGAUAUGGAUAAGAUAAAAUAUUUUGCACCGCAUCAGUAUGUGCUACGACCAGAUUCUACGAGUACGAAACUUCGAGUUGUGUUCGAUUGUAGCUGUAAAACUGACAGUGGCUUGUCAUUAAAUGAGGUAAUGAUGAAAGGACCACUGGUUCAAGAUGACCUGUUAUCUAUAAUACUGCGAUUUAGAUGUUACAAAUAUGCAAUUACGGCAGAUGUAACAAAAAUGUAUCGCCAAGCAUGGGUGACUGAUGAUGAUGCGAAUUAUCAAACGAUUUUGUGGAGGUCUUCCUCAGAUGAAAACAUAAAGGCCUAUCGCUUGCGAACCAUUACUUAUGGUACAACAUCUGCCCCCUAUUUAGCUACAAGAUGCUUAAAACAGUUAAGUGAAGAUUAUAUCGAUAAAUAUCCGAUUGGAUCGAGAAAGGUGUUAUCUGAUUUUUAUAUGGAUGAUUUGAUCAGUGGAUCAAAUGAUGAAGAUGAAAUUUUUGAAAUAUAUAAUCAAGUAUCAGCAAUAAUGAACUCAGCAAAAUUUAAGUUAAGGAAGUGGUUUUCAAAUAGUGAAAAAUUUCUUAAUUUCGUGCCUGAAGCUGAUAAAGAAAAGACUCUUCGGAUGAAUGAUGAGGAAAUAAUAAAAACUCUUGGUAUCAUCUGGGCUCCAGUGGGAGAUACGUUUCGAUACGUUUGGCCAGAUUUUGAUAGUUCGAAAGCGGUGACAAAAAGAAUAGUGUUGUCGGAACUAUCUAAGUUGUUUGAUCCCCUUGGGCUUAUUAACCCAUUAAUCGUAAAGGCGAAGAUUUUCAUGCAAGAUUUGUGGAUAUUGAAGGCUAAUUGGGAUGAAUCCCUACCAAUGAAUUUACAUAGUCAAUGGAUAGAAUUCCGCGAAAAUCUAAAAGACGUCAAGAAAAUAAGUGUGCCUCGAUUUGUUUUGGCAGAAAAACGAGUUGCUAGAGUUGAAAUGCAUGGAUUUGCUGAUGCAUCAAAAAGAGCUUUCGGGUGUUGUAUUUAUAUUCGCUCAAUAUGUGUGGACAACGACGUUACAAUGCAGUUGUGGAGUGCUAAAUCCAGAGUAGCGCCAUUAAAAACUUUAUCUUUACCAAAAUUGGAACUUUUGGCUGCGGAAUUGCUGUCGAAACUAGUGACAAAAACCAAAUCCAAUUUUCCAAUUUCUAUUGACGCGACCUAUUUAUGGGUGGAUUCCGAAAUUGUGCUAGAUUGGCUGAGCGAGCACCCAUCAAAUUGGAAUACAUUUGUUGCCAACCGGGUAUCAUUGAUUCAAGAGCAGACAAAAACGUUUAUUUGGCGGCAUGUUCCUUCAAAGUCUAACCCAGCGGAUAUAAUAUCAAGAGGUGCGUAUGUAGAUGAACUAUCUAAUUCUAUUUGGUUUGCAGGUCCUUCUUUCUUGAAGAGAGAUUGUUGUGAGUGGCCACCAAAUAAGUCUAGAAAGAAUACUAAUGCUGACCAAGAAAGGAGUCGUAAUAGUACGAUAAUGACUGUUAAUAAUUUGAAAAAAAAAAUACCUUAUGAGACAUGCUCUGAGGAUAACUCGAAAUCUUCUUUUGUGACGUGGGUUGAAACCUUCAGCGAUUUUGAAAAAUUACAAAGAAUUUUUGCCAAUCUUCUUGGCUUUCGAAGAAGCGUUAAGUCUAUGGCUGAAAGAUUAGAUGAAGCACUAGUGCGUAUAUUCUACUGUGUGCAACAACAUUAUUUCAAAGAAGAAAUUGAGCUGCUAUCGAAGAAUAGAGAAUUGCCAGCAAACAGUAAAUAUAAAAAUCUGAGCAUUUUUGUAGAAGAUACUUAUGGUGUUCCGCUACUACGUGUUGGUGGGAGAUUAGCGAAGGCUGCAUUACCAUAUGAUGCUAAACAUCAAAUUUUGUUACCGAAUAACUCAGAAAUAGUUUGCAGUUUUGUACGAUUUCUUCAUUUCAAAUAUUUGCAUGCUGGUACGCAAGCGCUUAUGGCUAUAGUUAGGCAGCGAUUUUGGAUAUUUCAUGCUAGAGGAGUAAUACGCAAAAUUACUGGUAGUUGUCUACAAUGCUUUAGAUGCCAUCCAAAAUUGAGUAAUCAGAUUAUGGGCGAUUUACCCUCUUCUAGAGUCACCGUAGCGAGGCCGUUCACUGUGACUGGAGUGGACUUUUGCGGCCCUAUUACAACAACGUAUCUACUUCGUGGGUACAGAACAACAAAAAGCUAUAUUGCUGUUUUUAUUUGUUUUGCCACAAAAGCUGUGCAUAUGAAGGUGGUCUCUGAUUUGACUGCAAAGGCUUUCCUGGCUUCAUUAAAAAGAUUUGUAGCUCGACGCGGCUUAUGCUUAAAAUUAUUUUGCGACAAUGCCACUAAUUUUGUGGGUACUCGUAAAGAGCUCGAGGAAAUGAAAUGCAAGUUUUUUGAUCAACAAGUACAGGGCAAGAUUUCAAAAUAUUGUACUGCCAAUAGUAUUGAAUUUCAUCAUAUACCACCCAGAUCCCCCCACUUUGGUGGACUAUGGGAAGCGGCUGUAAAAUCAGCAAAAUAUCAUUUGGCUAGAAUAUUGGGUCAAUCACAUCUUACAUUUGAAGAGCUGGCAACAGUGGUUGCGGAAGUAGAGGCAGUUUUAAAUUCAAGACCUUUGACAACCUUGUCUAACGACCCAAAUGAUGAAAGCGUUCUUACACCGGCACAUUUCUUAACAGGUGGUCCGUUGGUUGGAACUGUGGAACCUACUGUGGAUAGCGAAGAAUGGUCUCAUAAAGAUAGAUGGCUACGAAUUUCGGCCAUACAACAACAUUUUUGGAGAAGGUGGUCGGCGGAGUAUCUUCAUGAACUUCAACAGAAAGUCAAAUGGACUAAGAAGCAGAAGAACCUUAAUGAAGGUGAUAUGGUGUUAGUUGCAGAAGAAAAUUUGCCUUCUAAGCAAUGGCUUAUUGGGAGAGUGCUGAAAGUGACAAGAGAUGCUAAAGGUUGGGUUCGAGUUGCUGAUGUAAAAACAAAGAAUGGAGAGGUUCGCCGAGCAAUCCAUAAAUUGGCACCUAUUCCAUCUGAAUGUUGA